AACGGAUAUACGAUCAUUCUCUUGCUAGUCUUAACGUGGUGUAAAAGUGCCGUGUUUCUAGUUGCUCUGCUGCGAAAAAUCUGCACUGGUCCCGGAAAAAGCGCUAAAAUGGCUGAUGAAUAUUUCUAUGGAGCUACCUUGAAAGAAGGCAGUAAGACGGUGACUUGGGAUCCGGAUAACAAAGCUGACGGCUUUCCGCGAACACACAAACUCAUCAUUAAACAAUGUAUUCUUGGCCAUGAGGCAGCAGCCGACGAGUUCAAUGUGGUACAAGUAGAAACAAUGACUAUCCGGGACACAUUACGCACUCCAAUUGCGGUUUUAAAGGUUGGCGAGUCACGACAAUGCCGGCUGGAUCUGGAGUUCUCCGAUUCACCCGUCACAUUCACACUGAUCGAGGGUAAGGGACCGGUACACAUCCACGGACAACAUCUGCUCGGUUCGCUGGUCGAAGAGUUUGAGGAUAUGGAAGAGAUGGAAGAAGAGGUUCCCGAUGAGGAGGAAGACGAUGAAGAUGACGAUGAGGAGGGAGGACCACAGAAAAAGAAGCAGAAGCUGACCAACAAUUCAAAGGGCAAACCAAACGCGGUACAGGCUGCUAGUAAUAGCGCAAAAAACAGCAAAAAGAAAUAAGCUGCCCCUCAUUCCUCCCGGAGGUUGACGAAUAAGGUGAUACGCAGUAAGUGUAUUCCGUUCGUUAUCCUACUUCCCCCGAGCAUCUUUCCCAUUUAAGUACACAUAAACAAUCUACACAUCUAAUACAACAACACAGCAAAAAUUACGAACGAGUUGAAGAUGAAAGUGGUAAACCGUCAACGCUUCAAUACGAUUCUGUCGUUCCUUUUUCAUCAGAGAAAACCAUUAAUGACGAAGGAAGCAAAUUCCUUCUUUAAUAAAAACUAAAUAAAAGCAGGAUAUCUUAAAAACACACUAGUUUGUAAGAUCACUCACGACGCCCAAGUUCUACGCUCUGUUUUACUUAUUUUUUUGUAAGAUUUCCGAUCAGCGCCGUCUAGAGAAGAAUGUUUUAUUUGUCCAAGCCCUAAAGAGAUGAUCGUUUCUUGUGGGGUUAUCAUGAAUUUUUUUUCUUUCAAGACACGUGCUUAAAUUACAAAAUAAAACAGUCUUUUUAUACUAAAACAAUUAC